AUGUCGAGCGAUCUUAAAAAGCUAUCAUCUUACCUUGCGUUCCCCAAGUGCCGCUUGACUGCCAAAGCACUUCUCUUUUUAAGUUCUCAAUCUGGCAUUACCUGGGAGGUGCAGCGCUAUGAUGGCUGGUAUAAUAACCUAGCGUAUCACAGUCGAGGUGCUGCAGGCUCGCAACUGAUGCGCCUCCUGCCGGCACAGUACUCUGACGGAGUCUUCCGACCGCUCCAGGAGCCGCUGCUGCCGAACCCACGCCACAUUAGCAAUGUUGCUAUGAGCGGCACCUCCAGCUUGCCCUCCUCACAGAACCAGACAGUGCUUUCUGUUUUCUUUGGUUACCACGUCGUGUCUGAGAUUGUAGACUCAAGACGGUCUGGCUGCCCCCCGCAGUUCAUGCACAUUAAGGUCCCGCAGGGGGAUCCCGUCUUCGACCCCAACAGCACAGGGAACACCUGGCUCCCUUUCCAGCGUAGCAAGUGGCACAAGGACACCAGCCAGAGUCCCAACAACCCCCGAACACAGGUGAACGAUGUGACUGCCUGGAUAGAUGGGAGCUCCAUAUAUGGCUCGUCCAGUUCCUGGUGUGAUGCUCUGAGAAGCUUCUCCGGGGGCCGUUUGGCAGCCUCGGGGCCCGAGAGUGACUUGCCCAAACGCAGUGUGGCGCCCCACUUCAUGUGGACCUCUGUCGACCCAACCACCGGGCAACACGGUCGGGAGGGCCUUUUUGAAUUUGGGAAUGCCAGGGGCAACGAGAACGUGUUCACGGUCGCAGAGGGGAUUAUAUGGUUUAGGUACCACAAUUACCUGGCCCGCCAGCUGCAGAAUAGACACCCGCUGUGGUCGGACGAAGAACUGUUUCAGAGCGCCAGGAAAAUGGUCGUUGCCACACUGCAGAAAAUUGUGUUCUACGAUUGGCUGCCAGGGUAUCUGGGAAAUGAGACUGUACCUCCUUACAAAGGCUACAAGAAUUAUGUAGAUCCUGGGGUUUCUCCUGAGUUUCAGGCAGCUGCUAUGUCUGGGGUUACUAUGGUGCCCCCUGGUGUGUACAUGAGAAACAGGACCUGCCACUACAGGAAAAUCAGCUAUGACGGCAGCACGGCCCCCGCCAUGCGAGUGUGCAACAGCUUCUGGAGCCGAGAGAACCCAAACCUUCAGACUGGCCGGGACGUGGACGAGCUCGUAAUGGGCAUGGCCUCGCAGAUCUCCGAGAAAGAGGACAACAUCAUCGUGGAGGAUUUAAGAGACUACAUGUACGGUCCUAUGGCAUUUUCCCGCUCCGACCUGGUGGCCCUGACCAUCCAGAGAGGCAGGGACCACGGCCUGCCCAGCUACAACCAGGCCAGGGUGGCCUUCAACCUGGAGCCAGUGAGCAGGUGGGAGGAGAUCAACCCCGAGCUCAGCAAAACCCAUCCACAGCUGAUCAGAAACCUGUCUGCGCUCUACGACAACGACAUCUCCAAGCUGGAGAUGUUCCCAGGGGGUCUCUUGGAGUCAGCGGGCAGGCCGGGGCCACUGUUCUCCGCCAUCAUCCUGGACCAGUUCCAGCGAAUCAGGGAUGGAGACCGCUUCUGGUUCGAGAACAAUAAAAACGGUCUUUUCACAGCUGAGGAGUUGGAGACCAUUCGCAACACCACCUUUCAUGAUGUCCUUGUGGCUGUCACCAGUGCAGAGCCAGGGGACAUUCAAAAAAAUGUCUUCUUCUGGAAGGAUGGUGACCCCUGUCCCCAGCCAGCACAGAUACACGCUUCGGUCCUCCACCCCUGCACCAAAGCCACCACCCUCAACUACUUCGAUGGCAGCCAAGUCGGAUUCGGGGUCACCAUUGCGGCCCUCUUCUUGUUCCCUCCAGUGAGCUUUCUCCUUGCCUACCUGGUGGCCUAUUACCGAAAGUCCAAGUUCAAGAAGUACCAGAGGAAACAAAAAGCUGCAGACAGCACAGAGGAGGCGGCCGUGGGGAUAACAGCUUGCGAGUGGCAGGGCCCCAGGGAGUCUCUGCUGCCAGUGGGGCUGGAGGUGGACGGGCAGGGGAGGCUGCGGAUACUCUCCAGCAGCGGCUCCUGUCUCCGCUCCCUCGGCCUGAGCGGCCAGGGCCGCCUGGACGUCAUUCUCUCUGGCGAUCGGCAGCGCCGCACCCUGCUGCUGAAGGUCCCUAAGGAGUACGACCUGGUGUUGUUUUUUGAGGAUGAGAGCAAGCGUUCAGAGUUUGUGGCGCGCCUGGGCUCUGAGCUGUCUGGCAGGAACCAGGGUCUGAAAGUGGAGGAGAUGAAGGAGCAGGACCUGUUGAAGGAGGCUGUGACCAAAGAGCAGAGGGCACAGAUAGUGGAGACCUUCUUCAGACACGCCUUUGCACAGAUCCUGGAGAUUGAGAAAUGUGAUGCUGGAGAUUUGAGUGCCGUUUCCUCGAGGAGGACGAGGGAGGUGCUGCAGUGCGAGUUGACGAGGGCUGAGCUCGCCGAAGCCCUGGGCCUCAAGACGGACUCGCUCUUCAUGGAUUCCAUGUUCAGUCUCGCCGACAAAGACUGCAACGGGUACCUCUCCUUCCAGGAGUUCCUGGAUGUCAUUGUGAUCUUCAUGACAGGGUCACCAGAGCAGAAGUCCAAGCUGAUGUUUGCCAUGCAUGAUAUAAGUGGAAAUGGCUUCCUGUCAAAAGAAGAGUUUUCCAGGUUACUGAGGUCCUUCAUUGAAAUCUCCAACAACUGCCUCUCCAAGAGCCAGGCAGAGCAGGCCAUCGAGGCCAUGCUGAAGGCGGCCGGGUUCGACGACAAAGAGCACAUCACCUGGGAGGACUUCCACUUCCUGCUGCGAGAUCACGAGAAGGAGCUUCAGUUCGCUCAGCUCAACAUCAAAGGGAUGGAAGCGCAGAGUAAAAACAGACUGAACAGAAACCAUCGGGUGUCUUUCAUCGCCACCAAAAGGAAGAGUUUCCAGAGUGAAGGAGAGAGCAACAGCAUGGACGGACAGGAGGGCCAGAAUCUGAGGAAGAGAAUGGGGGGAAAGUAUGGUGUCUACAGCCCCAAUGUGUACGUGAAGGCCAGAAGGGAGAGGUACAACAGGAGCCGAAUUCAGCAGAAGAUCCAGCAGUUCAAACGCUUUGUGGAGAACUACCGUCGCCACAUCGCCUGUUUAACCAUCAUCUACGGCAUUACCGCUGGCGUGACUCUGGAGAGAUGCUACCACUACGGUGUGCAGGCGGACGCCACUGGUAUCCCAGAGACCACUGCGGUGGGCAUCGUGGUGUCGCGUGGCACGGGCGCUGCCAUCUCCUUCCUGUUCCCCUACAUGCUUCUCACCGUCUGUCGCAACCUCAUCACCCUGGCCCGAGAGACCUUCCUCAACCACUACAUCCCCUUCGACGCCGCCAUCGACUUCCAUCGCUGGAUGGCCAUGUCCGCCAUCGUCCUCACAGUCAUUCACAGUCUGGGUCACGUGGUCAAUGUCUACCUGCUCUCCAUCAGCAACCUCAGCAUCCUGGCCUGUCUCUUCCCCAGAGUCUUUGCAGAUGAUGGCUAUGAACUUCCUAAGAAGUGGUCCUGGUGGUUCUUUCAGACAGUCCCAGGCAUGACUGGCAUUCUCCUGCUCCUCAUCCUGGCUCUGAUGUACGUCUUCGCCUCGCGCUAUUUCCGCCACAUCAGCUUCCGAGGGUUUUGGGUCACACACUACCUCUACAUGCUCCUCUACGUUGUGACGGUCAUCCACGGCAGCUACGGGCUGAUCCAGGAGCCCCGCUUCCACAUCUACCUCAUCCCCCCGGCCAUCCUCUUCCUGGUGGACAAGCUCAUCAGCCUCAACAGGAAGAAAGUGGAGAUCCCUGUGGUGAAAGCUGAGCUGCUGCCCUCAGGUGUGACGUACCUGGAGUUUAAGCGCCCUCAGGGCUUCGUGUACCGGUCGGGGCAGUGGGUGCGUGUGGCGUGCCUGGCGCUGGGCACGGACGAGUACCACCCGUUCACACUGACCUCCGCCCCCAACGAGGAGACGCUGAGCCUGCACAUUCGCGCGGUGGGGCCCUGGACCAGCAAGCUGCGGGAGUCCUACGCAUCUGAGAACCUGGAGCCACUGGGGGCAUACCCAAAGCUGUACCUGGACGGGCCAUUCGGGGAGGGGCACCAGGAGUGGACCAACUUUGAGGUGUCUGUGCUGGUCGGCGGUGGGAUCGGGGUCACUCCAUUCGCCUCCAUCCUCAAGGACCUGGUGUUCAAGUCUUCAGUCAAAUUGAAGAUUCAGUGCAAAAAAGUUUACUUCAUCUGGGUGACUCGGACCCAGAAGCAGUUUGAGUGGGUGUCGGACAUCAUCAGGGAGGUGGAGGAGAUGGACACCCAGGAGCUGGUCUCUGUCCACACCUACAUCACUCAGCUGGCUGAGAAGUUCGAUCUGCGGACCACCAUGCUGUAUGUGUGCGAGCGUCACUUCCAGAGGGUGUGGAACCGGAGUCUGUUCACUGGCCUGCGGUCUGUCACACACUUCGGACGACCCCCUUUCCUCUCCUUCCUCAGCUCCCUGCAGGAAGUGCACCCUGAGGUGCACAAAAUUGGGGUGUUCAGCUGUGGUCCCCCUGGCCUGACCAAGAACGUGGAGAAAGCCUGCCAGCAGAUGAACAAACGCGAUCAGGCCCACUUCAUGCACCACUAUGAGAACUUCUAGCAAAUUAGCAACUAUGCUACACACAGCCAACACAGUACAACAAACAGGUAUUCACUAACAUCAAUGCUGCACAUGAAAAUUAAAAGUGAAACACUGGCAAGAUCUAGUGCCUCGUCUCCACUGGGAUGUCUGUGAUCUGUGUCAACCCGGAAUGGACAGAUGUGUCCGGUCAGACAGGUUAGGUAACUGUCUCCAUUGUAUACUGCAAGUUCAUCUAAAAUGUGUGGGGUUUCCAAAAUGUAGUGUAAAGGGUGUGCCCCCCACGCCCCGCCAGACAGGUUUGUUUGAGGAAGUGAAAGCUGUCUGGAUUGACAAUGUUACAAACAGUUUUGGACAGGGUUGAGUGACAGUGGAGAUGCCUCCAAUAUGUCAGCU